AUGAAAACAUACAUAGAGACCCUAAGUGAGGAAAAUAAAGUGCUGGCAACUGAAGUGGAAGAUUUAAAGCUGGCAACAAGUACAUCUAAACUCAGACAGAGCUUGGAUGGAUCAAAUGUUCCCAAAAAAGAUGCGGCUACUUCAACAGAAGAACAGUUGGAAGAAAAGGAGGAUAUCUUGAGGAUGCUUAGUUAUGGUCAGACCUCCAGCAAAGAAGAAAGAACAACCGACGAAAGAGAAAAACCGUUUUACGCUCGCCUUCAGAAGGGUUCAAAGUGUUUUGAGGAUAUGGCACUGGACCAAGAAAGGCAGUUUGAAGUAAAAUUGGAAUACCAGUUAAAAAUUAUCUCCAGUUUGAACGUGGAAAUAAAAACAUUGAAACAAGACAAUCAAGUUAAACAAGAUCAGAUAGAAGAACAUCUACAACUAACCGAGCAGACAAAAAAACAGCUACUCAUCGUUGAAGAACUGCAUAGGAAAGUUAAAUUGUGGGCAAACACAUUAGAAGCUGAAUGUCAAGCGAUGGGCAAAGAAUUGAGGGCAGAAAGAAUUGAAGGUCAAAACUUGAAAAUGACUCUACAAGAACAAAAGUCUAUUAUAGAAGAGCUUGAAAAUAAGCAAAGGCAGCUCAUUCUAGCCCAACGAGGUUACUUCAAAGACUCCAACUUUAUAAACUACCUGAAGUACCUCCUCUACUGGAAAGAACCCGAUUACGCCAAAUACCUAAAAUACCCAAUGUGUCUCUAUUUCUUAGACCUAUUACAGUACGAGCAUUUCCGCAGAGAAUUAGUCAACGGCCAAUGCACCAAAUUUAUAGACGACCAGCAAAUUCUAUUGUGGCAACACUAUACUAGGAGGCGCAGCCGUCUCAUGACUACUGCAGCAGCAAAUGGCGCUAAUACUGAACAGAAUGCCAUUAUGCAGCAGAAUAAUGCUCAGCAAAAUGGGCAUCUGAGUAUUAAUGCUAAAAUGACUUAA